GGCGCGACGCUCGUGGUCACGUGACGCCGCCAUCCGGGUCCUUUGCCUUCUCUGCCUCGUCCCAACAUGGCGGCCCCAGCGGCAGCGAAGAAGAAGCCAAAGAAGGGGAAGACGCUGACGCUGACGGAUUUCCUGGCUGAGGAUGGGGGGGGCGGGGGGGGCCCCACCUACAUCCCCAAACCUGUGAGCUGGGCCGACGAGACCGACGACCUGGAAGUCUCCACCACGUGGCACAGCAAUGAUGACGACGUUUACCGGGCGCCUCCGAUCGACCGCUCCAUCCUUCCCACGGCCCCGCGCGCUGCCCGCGAGCCCAACAUCGACAGAAGCCGCCUCCCCAAAUCCCCUCCGUACACGGCAUUCCUGGGAAACCUGCCCUACGAUGUCACCGAAGAGUCCAUUAAGGAUUUCUUUCGAGGACUUAAUAUCAGCGCCGUGCGGCUCCCACGGGAACCCACCAAUCCCGAGAGGUUGAAAGGUUUCGGAUACGCGGAAUUCGAGGAUAUUGAUUCCCUGUUCCAGGCCCUGAGCCUCAAUGAAGAGUCUUUAGGAAACAGAAGGAUACGAGUGGAUGUGGCAGAUCAAGCUCAGGAUAAAGACCGGGAUGAUCGCUGCUUCGGCAGAGACCGGGAUCGCUUCCGGGACUCAGAGCGGUUCGAGAGCGACUGGCGCGCGCGUCCGGCUGCUCCCGACACCUUCGAUGACUACCCCCCGCGCCGGGGCGACGAUGGAUUCGGGGACAGAUAUCGUGAUCGCUACGAUGACCGGUAUCGGGACGGGCCACGGCGGGACAUGGAUCGUGGUUUUGGGAGCCGGGAUCGCUACGACGACCGCAGCAGGGAUUAUGACCGAGGCUACGAUUCCCGAAUAGGCAGCGGCCGGAGAGCCUUUGGAAGCGGGUACCGCCGGGACGAUGAUUACCGUGGCUAUGAGGAUCGUUAUGACCGGCGGGAUGACCGGAUGGAUCGGUGGAAUUCCCGGGAUGAUUACGGCCGGGAUGACUUCCGCCGUGAGGACAGAGGUCCCACCCAGAGACCGAAGCUCAACCUGAAGCCCCGGAGUGCUCCCAAGGAAGAGGAAACUUCAGCAGCUCCCGCUGCCCAAUCCAGCCGGGCUGCUUCCAUCUUCGGGGGGGCCAAGCCUGUGGAUACAGCGGCUCGGGAGCGGGAGGUGGAGGAGCGGCUCCAGAAGGAGCAGGAAAAACUCCAGCGGCAGCUGGAGGACGACAAGAGGAUUGACAGACGGCCCCGGGAAAGGCAUCCAAGCUGGCGAAGCGAGGAGAACCAGGAGCGAUCCCGGACAGGCAGCGAAUCCUCCCAGAGCGGCCCCGCGGGACCCCCGGGAACGUCCACGGGCUCCGGCCCCACCGGCCGGACCACACGGAGGAGGGAGAGCGAGAAAUCCCUGGAAAAUGAGCCCCUAGGAAAAGAGGAGGAGCCGCCCUCACCGCCCCCCAAGUCCCGGGAGGAGAAGCCGAAGGUGAUGCCGGCGCCGCCUCCCAAGGAAAACGCCUGGAUGAAGCGGAGCAGCCAGAACCCCCCCGGCAAUUCCCAGAGCUCUGACUCGGAGCAAGCCUCCCCAACCAGUGGGGGCCCCUCCGGCCCCACCCCCCCUGGAGAUGAUGGGGGCCCCCCCAGGACCCCCCAGAGGAGAGCAGAGGAGCUGAAGCCUGAAGGGGGUCGGGAGAGCAGCUCCAAGGGCCGGAGCUGCAGCCGUGGCCCUGCAGGAAUGGGGGACCCUGAGAGGAGGGACCCCCGGAAGGAGCACGAGCCAAAGAAACUGGAGGAGAACCCCCCCUCUUUCAGCCAUGCCAGCAAAUAUGCCGCGCUCUCCAUGGAUGGGGAGGAUGAAGGUGAUGAUGAAGAAGGAGCUGAGUAAAAGCUUCCUCCCCCUCCUCCUCCUCCUCAGCUGCCACGGGAACCUCCGGAGAUUCCCAAAAAUCCCAACCUUGAUCCAGGCGAGACGGAAAUAAAGCCUAAAACUCAUCAA